CUAUGAUUAAAUUUGCUAUAUAACGAUCGACAAGUUGGAUCAGAUGUAGUAGAAAUUUUUGUUAACACCAUGAAACACCUAUUGCUACUUUGUACAAUUGCUCCCCUUGUUUGGGCUAAACCCAGCAGUGAAUCUUCCAACCGUCUAGUCGAUACUAUCAACUCAAAAAAGACCACUUGGACAGCUGGUGUUAAUUUCCCCGGUGAAACACCUGAAGAAUUUGCGAAAAAACGAUUGGGAUUUUUGGGAAACCAUCCAGAUCCUAAUUUUCGUGUAGCAAAAAAAGUGCACAAAAUAGGGAGGACAGCAAUUCCUGAAAGUUUCGAUGCUCGAGAUCAGUGGCCGCAGUGUAAAGAUGUUAUUGAUAAUAUCAGGGAUCAAGGAAAUUGUGGGUCCUGUUGGGCUUUUGCUCCUGCGGAGGUCAUGUCAGAUAGACUAUGUAUAGAGAGCAAAGGCGAGACAAAAUUCGAAUUUUCUCCACAAGAUGUACUGUCGUGUUGCGACUACUGUGGUUAUGGUUGUGAUGGUGGAUAUACCGCUACAGCCUGGAUUUAUUGGUUAGGUCAUGGAAUUGUAUCUGGUGGUGAUUAUAACACUAGCGUUGGAUGUAAACCAUAUGAAGGGUUGGCUUUCCUAAACCAUAAGACACCAUCAUGUAAAACAACUUGUACAAAUGCUAACUACAAAACUACUUAUGAGGACGAUCGUUUUACUGGUUUCACUUACUAUUCGCUAGACAAAAGUGUCGAACAAAUACAAACUGACAUUAUGACCAAUGGACCAAUCCAAGCUAGUUACAGGGUUUUUGAAGACUUCAUGACGUACGAAGAAGGUGUUUACCAGUACACUGAAGGUAAGGAACUUGGUGGUCACGCUGUGAAGAUUAUAGGCUGGGGAUCAGAAAACAAUGUACCUUACUGGCUUGUGGCCAAUUCUUGGGGUUCAGAAUGGGCAAACUUGAAAGGAUAUUUUAAAAUCAGAAGAGGAACAAACGAAUGCGGUAUUGAAGCCGGUGUACUUGCUGGUAUAGCUCUGAAUAAUUUUGAUCCACCAGAUGAUACUGGCUCAGCAAUUAAAGCAGUUUCGUCUGGACUAGGGUGACCAUUUUCUUCUGAGUCCAACGCGGGACAAAAUAAUAAUAAUAGUAACAAUAAUAAAACAAAAAUAUCUUGAACACAAUUUUUAAUAAGAAUAAAAUAUAUAUUAUAAAAAAAUCAGAAAUAAAAACAAUAAAAAAUUUA